CCCUCUGUCAAGCAGGCUGCUCUCUCGCUCUGUACAGGCGCAGUGUGUGAAGUGUGUGCAGCGCGGCUGGCCUCCCUCCGCACUGAAUGGACUAGAUUCCCAGCCACGUAAGAAGCACAGCGGCACCACGGGAGAGAGGAUGUCCUGCUGAAUCAAGGGAUAGGCCUGGGAAAUUCGGCCGGCCGUCCCUUCCUUCCUUACAGCAGCUUACAGCAGCAGACAUACAAAACAGACGACACUUUUCUUCCAUUGGACUAGACCAAGAGAAAGAGAGAGGACGUCGACUCCCGCACACAAAGAGCUAACGUUACAGGAGUUUUUUUUUUCUUCUUCUUCUUCCGGAUGGGGUUUUCUCCUUCUGUGGUACAUGACAAUCGCCGUGCAUGGAUAUGAUCCUGGGGAACAAGGCCGUGCACUGACCUGAUACUCGUUAGCAAAGGAAGCUAACUAGUUAGCUCUGCACCUGCUAGCCAUCAUAAUUUCGGCUAUAUUUAGCUUGCAGAACUUGCUUUAUAUAUAUUUUUUGCUUGUGCAUUUUUUCUGUGCUUGCGGACUGUAUUUAACAAAUUGUUUCCGUUUUAUGAAACGUGCCAUACCGUUAACCGGCAAGAUAAGCUAGCAAACAAGCUGCGGUUUAACUUCACGUUAGCACCGUUCAUUCAUUGUAAAAGCUGACUUUUGGUGGUCUUUGUUACAGUGUUGUCGUGCCUGCUCGCACUGCUAACGUUAUUGAAUUGCAGCAGGUCUGUGCAAAGGGUUUGUAGUCGGCUUGGGGCAGUAAUUUAGUCAUUUUCGCCUGUCCUUAUCUUUUGAAUAGAAAACAAAGGGAGCAAAUGACCAGUUGAACUCUGCAAAAAAAAAAAACUGUUGAUAGUCUGCCACAUUCUGCAGCAGCAAGGUGCAGUUGAAUCAAUUCUUCUUUUUACAUUUUUUAAGUAUCGGACGAUUUGUGAUAUUGCACUGAGUUUACAACAAAGUGGUGCCUAAUCGAGGACGAGAAGAACGAGGAGGAAGGCCCCCGAUUUUGUGGAGUUAUCACACUUCUUCCUCAUGAACAUACAGAGGUCAAAUCCAAUUAACAUUUCACGUUAUGGGAGAUCGCGGCACAAAUCGCACGAUUUCGAAGAAUUAUCUUGUUUAAGGACUACAGAGUCGCACCAGAGUUUCAGUCCCAACCUCGGGUCCCCCAGCCCGCCGGAGACCCCGGACUCCUCGCACUGUAUCUCCCGCAUCGGGGACUACCUUUUGUUGGAGCCACUGGAGGGAGACCACGUUUUCAGAGCCGCCCACCUGCACAGCGGGGAAGAGCUCGUAUGUAAGGUUUUUGACAUUGGCCGAUACCAGGAGUCACUGGCGGCCUACUUUGCCCUGGGCCAGCACCAGCAUAUUAACCAAAUCCUGGAGAUCUUGCUCGGGGAGACUCGAGCCUAUGUGUUCUUUGAGAGAAGCUAUGGCGACAUGCACUCUUUCGUCCGCACCUGCAAGAAGUUGCGGGAGGACGAAGCUGCCAGACUCUUCCAUCAGAUAGCCUCGGCUGUGGCACAUUGCCACGACAACGGACUGGUCCUCCGUGAUCUCAAACUGAGGAAGUUUGUCUUCAAGAAUGAGGACCGAAGCCUCGUGAAGCUGGAGAGCCUCGAGGACACUUAUAUCCUGGACGGUCAUGAUGACUCCCUGUCAGACAAACAUGGCUGCCCAGCCUAUGUCAGCCCCGAGAUCCUCAAUGCCAAUGGCAGCUAUUCGGGGAAGGCCGCCGAUGUCUGGAGUCUGGGCGUCAUGCUUUACACUAUCCUCGUGGGGCGCUACCCUUUCCACGACGUUGAGCCCGGCUCUCUGUUCAGCAAAAUCCGCAGGGGCCACUUCAACAUCCCGGAGACGCUCACACCCAAGGCCAAGUGCCUGAUCCGCUCCAUCCUCCGCCGGGAACCCGCCGAGCGCCUCACCUCUCGGGAGAUUCUGGAGCACCCCUGGUUUGCCUCCUCCGGAGCACUAGGGGGCCCCGCAGCACACGGCAGAGGAGAAAGAGAGCAGGAGCAGCUGGUGCCUGAGGUGAACAUGGAAGAGGAGCUGGAGCAGUUCUUCCGCUGAGCAAACGCCAAGCACAAACGGACGACUCCACCGCGGUCGGCUCGCCACGCUCACAGCAGAGCCAAAAACAGUAGUUUAGAGAUUAAUAGGUGAACAUUUGUCACUCAUAAUAAAGGUGUUUCCAUUCUGUUUCCUUUUCCACCAUUUCAUGGAAAACCUUGAGCCUGGCAUGACAAAUGGCAUCUAUACAGUACGUCACCUGGCGAUGUACCUCCCGCUCGGGGACAUUGCCGCCAGACAUGCAAGUUGCAAACAAUGUAGCAAAUGUUUCUUUAAUUUUUUUUUUGGUAUGGUUUAAUGUGGCACUAAUAAAAGUAGACACAUUCACCAUUUUUGACACUAUGGAAAGCAUGAAGGGACAUAAGAACACAGGAAACCAAGGAGAACAAUUCAAAAUGAACUGACAAAAGUGCAACACCACACCUUUUUUUUUUUUUUUUUUUCUUACCAAUUUUCUUAUGAUUUUUUUUUUUUUUGUCAUAGCUUUAGGUGGUACCGAUUUAAACCACAGACCCAGGGUCAGGAGUCACAACCCCAAGUUAUAUUGUUUAACAUAUACCAGGUGAAUACCCCUGACCUGGGACCAUUGGUUAAUAAAUGGAGCAGCUUAGGCUGUUUGUUAUCACCAUCAUCAUCAACAUGGUCGACGUUGUCUUUGUUUAACUUUUGUUCUGUCUCUCGUAUGUCUGUCUGACAUUAUUGAUAAUUGUGAUGUAGUCGCUUAACUCCUUGACGGCCUUGUUUUCAUUUGUAUGUUUUUGCCACUUCGGUCUCCUUAAGCCUUUACCACACUCUCAUUCACCACCACACUUUUAUUUUUCAGUAACAUUACUUUCAGUCCUUUAUUUGUUUUUUUUAAGCUAUUCCACUCUGUUACUGCUGCUUUUUAUAUCACUCCCUAAACCUCAAUCUUAAAACAGCUUUGUCUCUGUAAGCCUCCAAACAUGGCAUCAUGCACUUGAUGUGUUGGGUGAACGAUUCCACCUCUUUAAAAUUAGCUUCCUCUUAUUUAAAUUCAUUCUUCAGUUGUAGGAUCGAGAACGUAACAUUUAUUUAAAUUGUAACAGCUAUAUAUAUAUAUAUAUUAUAUAUAUAAAUAAAUAUAUAUAUUUAAAAUUACAUUGCAGGGUUUUUCUUUAUUCAGAGAUUCCUUUUUCAUGUAUGAUGUAGGCAAUAUCUUGACACAGGACAGACACAAAGAGGAAAAUAUCUGUCUGAAGUUUUUGGAAUACACAAUAUCUUCUGUGCCAGUAUUCCGGUGCCCCGACGGCCCAUGCCACCCGGUCUCCCUCAUUUCUUUUUCAAAACUUGAUACGAGAUAUUCAGUGAUAGUAUUGCUAUGACAUGUCCGCUCCAGGACCCCAUGUUAGUUUUUCUACUGCCUGCGUAGGUUCUGUGAAACGGUCAUGCUCGGAAUGGGUACCAGUGGACAUGUUUUGUCGUAUCUCAAUGUUACUUGAAUUUGUGUUUUUAUCUAGUCAUUGGCAUGUGCCCCAUGAAUGCUAUAGCCUGCCUA